AUGGAUAAUGUAAUACAAGAAACUAAUCCCCAGUUAUCACGAAAGAGGACACAACAAAAAGAGAAUUGGAAAUGCAAUACAAUGGAGAAGGAAAGGUAUGCUCCGAAAGAGCCACCAAAUUUAAGAAUUCCAUGUAAUCACUAUACAAAAGCAUACAGGUGCACUUCAUUGAGUCAUGCUGAUAUAAUAGCAUUUAAUAGACGUUUCUACAAAAAACCGGACAAAAUUUAUCAGGAUAACUUUAUAAUAACUCAUACAAAAGUUUGUUCUACUAAGAGACAUCGGCCAAUAAAUAAUCAUGGAAAAAAGACAGUUUCUGUUAUAAACCCAGAUGUAGUAAAGUUAUACGCUGAUGUAAAACAAGAAAAAUUAGUUGAUGUAACCAAGUUAUUAAUCAAAUAUUUUGGAGAGAACUGGGAAGAACAUAUAAAUUUAUUGUAUUUUAAACAAGUAUUAUCAAGACCUAAACCAUCUAGUGCUCAUGCUCAUGAACACGAUGAUGAACAAUGUGAGUUCACUGAAGAAUUACCAGCUAUAUUUGUUUAA